AGGGGGCCCUGUUGGCGAACUUGGGGCCGCCAUAGCCGUCGUGGACCUCUGUUGCAUUCUCACCCUCCCUCGUUGCAGCUCCACGCCUUGCGCCACUUUUUCCUCCUUCUUCUCCUCCACCUCCUCCUCUACCACUCCCUCCUCUUCACCUCUUGCUGCUGCUGCUGCUUCCUCUAUGCUCAUUUCCAUAAUUCUUCGCCCUUCGUUUCCUUGGAGUGGGCGCGGGUGCAACGGGGAGCUGUGGCGUUAGUGGGAUAGCAAGGUGCUUUGCUUUGAUGCGUGCUGUGUUUCGAGGCUUGUCGGCGGCGGUGGGAGUUGCGGAGGCCAUCGGAGGAGAAGCUGGAGCGUGCAUUGAUUAGGUUCCGUGGUGUGGUGAUCAUUUCCCAUACUUGGUGUUGGUUUGGGACGGGGUCGUGAACGUGUUUGUUGUUUCUGGAAGGGGCAGGUCGGUUAGGGUUUGUAGCAACAUGCGGGUGAAAAGGAGAGUGGUCAUCCUUGGGCAUGAGCAAAGUGGCGUCCAGGAAGGGGAAUUUCGUGCAUGAAAAUGCGCGUGUAAGGGUAUCGUUCGUUUAGAGAGUGUUUGUAUGAGGUUGGCGGAGUUUGUGAUGGCUUUUGUGCAUUAGAGAGGGUUUCUGGCACUCGCAGUGUUGCAGCCGGUCGAGGCGGUCGCUGCUCAGGCUGUGAAGUUGCAUUUGACGAAGAUAGAGUCUGAUAAUGUGCCCCAAGACCUGGGCGGGGGCAGCAUGGGAAGCACAGAGGAGCUUGAGCGCAAACGGCGCCACCUCAACCACCACCACCAUCCUGUAUCCCCGCCGCUCAAAAAGCCGGCUAUUACUUCCGUCUCAGAUGAGAAGAAGGCGGAUGCAGGAAUGCUCCAGUUUCAGAAUCAGAAGUUGGCACAGCAGCUGGAUCACCAGCGUUCAGAGAUUAGUUCUUUGGAGAACAGGUGUUGUCAGUUGAAGGGCAAGCAGGCUUCUUACGACGACACUCUAAUCACUGUGAACCGUACAUGGAAUCUGCUUGAGGACGACUUAGAGUUGCUUGCAGUGCGCGCAAACGCCAACACGAAUGGCUUGCGAGUGCUUGAACCUGUGCCGACGAAUAAGGAUAGGGCAGGUCCGGCUGUUCCGCCUGAAGAGACUUUCCUGCAGAGGCUCUUGGAUAAAGGGGCUACUGAGAGUAGUAAUUGUGAAGGAAGUAUUAGUCUGUCUGCAGUGGAGGCUGGGCUAGCUUCUAGAAAGGCUGCGACUAUGAAGACCAUGAAAUAUCUCCUGCUAGCUAUUGAAACUCAACGGUCAAAGAAUGACGAACUUGCAAUGUCCUUGCAAAAUAUUGUGAGUCCUCACGAAGCAGGACGAAUAUUGGAGGAAUCAAAUGAUGAGUUACGUAUGGAAAUAACAAAUAUACGUGGUGUUAUGGAUUUAUUGCAAUUGAAUCACAAAGAAAUGUCGGCUGAAAUUGGGAUUGCUCGGGACCUUCAAACCAAAGACCAAUCUGACAUCAAACGCCUAACUGGGGAACUGGAGGAGACAGCAGCUGAUCUGGAAAUGUGUCGGCGGAAGCUAGCAACACUUCGCAGUCAAAAGGAAGCUGCAGCUGUUGCACCGCCUACUGUAGGUACACCUAAGCUAGGUGUCAAGAAUGAGGUUGGAGAUCGAGUUCCAGGCGCAGAUAAAGCUUCAAGAGAGGCUCGUGAGCUGGAAGCUGCUUUAGAAGAAACAAAGACAUUGGCGUCGAUAAGGUUAAAUGAGCUACAAGAUGCGUUGCAAACGCAACUGAACCUCUCACAGCGGUUGCAACACAUGAAGGAUGCGCUGCAUGAUGAGCACAGGAUCUUGUCAUCUCGUCCCUAUUUAUUACUCAACGACCAAGCUCAGUUUUUAAAGGGUGAGGUCGAGCGCUAUCGAGGUCUGGCCGACAAGCUUCAGAGUGAUCGUGACGCAAUGUCCCGAAGAGAGAAAGAGGUUUUAUUGAAGGCGGAGGCUGGUGAAGCAGCCCGUAAGGCAAGUGCCAUUGCUGAUGCAAGAGCUGCAGAAAUAGAGACUAAACUUCAAGAGUGCUUGGCAGAUCGGGACGUUUUGCAAUUCAGAUUAGAGGAAGUCGGUCAAUCUUCAGGAAGGAAAGAUUCAGUGCCUGAAUUACAGGUGAUGAUCUCCACAUUGCACAAGGAGAUGGGCAUGAUGCAGGCACAAUUAAAUAAAUUCAAGGAAGCCGCUUGCGAGGUUCAGUCUCUUCGUGCAGAGAUACACUCCUUGGCUGGUAUCCUUGAAAGAAAGACAUUGGAAUGCACACGCUUGUCAGAUCAAUAUGUCUCCCAAGUUGCUGAUUUGAUAGCCUUGAAAUCUGAGGUGGAAAUUUUGAGACAAAGUGAUCAAGAACUGCAGCUUAUUCUGGAAAUGUAUGAGAGAGAGUCGACUGGUCCAAGGAAUAUGAUGGAGUUGCAGCAGGAUCAUAGCAGAACAUUAGUGCAAGUUGAGCGCUUGAAGAGAGCACUGGAUGAACACAACUUAGAGCUUCGGGUGAAAGCUGCCAACGAGGUCAAGGCUGCAUGUGAACAAAGACUUGCAGCUGCUGAAACUGAGAUUUCUGAGCAUCGGCAGAGGCUAGACGAUUCCGAAAGGGUUGUGAUGGAACUCAAGGAGACGUUAAAAUCCAAGAGUGAGGAAGGGGACACAUACAUCGCUGAAAUUGAGACUAUCGGUCAAGCAUACGAGGAGAUGCAAACACAAAAUUCUCGAUUAAUUCAUCAAAUCACUGAACGCGAUGAUUACAAUACCCAGCUUGUGGCAGAGAGUCUGAAGGCUAAACAGCUGCAGGCCUCUCUUCAGUCAGAGAAGCAAAUAUUGGCUAGUCGUGUGCAGCAUGCAAAUGCUACUGCUGAGCAUCACAAGCAGCGUGUAAGCCGAUUAGAAGAUCAGGCCAGAUCAUACAUAGAGCAAAUAGGCAAGGUCAUGGACAAUGGCAGGCAACACACAUUAUCCAUGGAGACUCUCAGACGAAAGACGGCUGAAACUGAGAAAGAACUUCUCUCUGUAAAGACGUCACUAGAAGCUACAAACAAAAGGAUUGAAGAUCGUGGUCACAAACUCGCUGAAGCUCAACAGCAGCUUGACAAAGAAAGAUUUGAGAAACGAAGGGUUCAGGAUGAGCUGGAGGCGCUGAACAAUAAGUUGUCACGGUUGCGAUCACAUCAUGAGAGAGGCCCUGCUAUAGAAAGGCUUCAGGAGGAUAUAAAAGAAUAUAAAGCUAUUCUGAAGUGUAGCGUCUGUCAUGACCGUGCAAAAGAUGUCGUCAUCACAAAAUGCUUCCAUUUAUUUUGCGGCCCCUGUAUCCAGAGGAACUUGGAGAUCAGACAUCGAAAAUGUCCUGCUUGCGGGAUAGCAUUUGGCCAGAGUGAUGUUCGAACUGUCAGCAUCUAGUAAGAAACUGCCAUUUAAUUGAUAUGGUCUAAUCGCUGUUGUCUUCAUUCCCCUCUCUACUUUGAAGGUGGGUAUCAUUCAUGACGCUCAUUUUCAAGGAUAGAUUUGUACACGCUGUUAGAUUAGAUUUGAAUUUGGAAGAACACACGAAUUUGUUACCAGGCCUGUUUCAAGUGAAAUAUUUCAGUUUCCUUCAACAGGCAUGUAAAGUCUUAGUCGUAGGGAUGUCGUAGUUUUUUUCAGGUCCUCGGUUUAUUUUGUUGUUUCUUUCUGGAAUUAUAAGACUGGUUCAGUCUGAAAUCUUUGAUGCUCACUUCUCUCCAGCUUUACCAGGAUUUUCCUCUCCUGAUCCUUGUAGCAAUUUCGAAUUUUCCGUAUAGUUCUCAUCUGGCAGGAAGUGGACAGAGUUGAGAAGGGUUUAAAGGGAUUAUCAGGGGUUCAAAGCCUACACCUCUUUACACUAUGUUCUCAUCAGGCAAGGUACAUAUUUAAGCUCUACCAUUGAAAGGUUUACUCUGGCUAGACAUUCUGUUAGCGCAUCCUAAUAGCAGGUAACAUGCGAGAAUGUCCAGGUCAUCGCCAGUGAUGGUUCUUGCUGCCACAUGGAAUCUCACUGGAUGAAUAGAUGAUUAGAAGCUGUGGCUGAAUAUCUUCCGUCUCAAAAUCAGGGAACUCUAAGUGCUUCACAUCAAAACAAAGGGGUGUGGUACUCAAUGUUACAGUACAUCAUCAACAUUGAAACAUACCUUAACAUUGUA